UGAUCGUGUUGAUUCAAAAACUACUGUAAGCUCAGCGAGUAAACAACGGCAAAAGCAAGCGAAGAGCACUGCAGUAUGGAAGUUCAAAGUAAUAAAACGAAGAAAUAUUCUUACCUAUCCGCAUCGAAAUUUCCUGUGCUCAAGAAGCCGGAAAUGGCUGGCUGCGAGAACUGUAUUUGCAAUCGGAAGCGCGGCUCAAUUUUUUGCACCAGUUGCAAAAAAACGUUCGUGGGUCGCAUUGCUGAACGUUGUCAGAUGCAUCCAGAAGUUGCAUAUCUUAUGGAUGCGCGCUAUUGCGCUUUCUGUGGAGCUGCUGCUAAAGAUUUGCAAAUGGGGGAUCCAAUGUAAGACUCAUGUCGUUGACGACAGACAGUAUGCUGAAGACAUACAUACGUAAUUAAUAAGCACAAUGAAAUUCACAAAUA